AUGUCGACCAUUGCGGCUGGUCGUUUCGCGAAAGACGACGUCGAUGCUGAGACGAAAUGGUGGAAGGAGUACCCAUCGAAAUACUACGUUGAGCGUGCUCGUCCACAAAACUUCUACGACGAGUACAUCACAAACACAUGGAGCAAACCAAAGCGUCUUGCUCACUCAGCUUCUUUCACCAACUUGACCUACAUCAAGGAUAAGGACAUGGAUUUCCCGAUUAAAAAAUCUGAUUCGGUUUCCACGUUGGCUCCGUCUCUUGCCUUGCCGCAGUAUUGCAGAGAAGCUCAACGCAUUGUGCACACUGUUCCAGUCUACAAACCACACGUUUACGAUUGGUACAACAAGAGUUACAGUGAUGCCCGUUGGAGAGACACUCAUCGUGAAGUGAACAAACCAUACAAACCAUUGGAUACCUACAUCUCGCCAGCUUCAUCUCAUGUACCAUACUACACUUUCCAGACAAAACGCAUCUUCUUCGAUGAGAAAGCCCGUCAAUUGGCUCCAUACUUGAAAGAAUCACAACGCUACAUGGACCGAUAUGUAUCCUCUCGUCUCAAGGCUGAUGACUUCGCAAACCGUUUCGCUUACACUGCAUACGAAUGGAGAAAACCACAAGAUCAUGCUUUCAACCGUGAAUUUAUGACAACCCAGAGAGUUUUCGUCGCUACCCCAACUGGACUUCCACACGAACAUUACGAUAAGUUGGCUAUGCGUCGUCUCUACAAACGUAAAACCGAGAAGAUGUUCGGUCCAUUCUGCACAGGAAUCUUCCUGUUUUUGGCUCUCUGGGGUACUGUUUUUAUGGCCGUUCUCGGAGGAUUGUUCUACAAUCAAUCGGUUGGUCUUUUCGAAGAUCUUCCAAAAGAAGGAAAGAGUAUGGAGAGUAAACCAUGGAAGGAUCGAGUGAAUAACUUUGAUAACCUCUACCAACAGAACGCCUACAAUUGCUGGAUCGCUUGUGGAGUCUACAUCGGAAUCGCCGUUCUUCUCAGUCUUCGUGCUUGCUGCCUCGCUAAACGAUAA